AUGUCUUGGGGCUGGAACACUAUAGACUCCGAUGCGGGCGUUUUUACGGAACUUGUGGAGCGUUUGGGCGUCAAGAACGUGCAGUUUGAUGAGCUCUAUGCUAUUGACAAAGAGUCUCUUUUGGCAGUAGCACCAGUGCAUGCGGUAGUUUUCUUGUUCAAGUACAGUAAACUUGAUCGUGAGUACGCUGCGAAGAAAUUGCCUCUCGAUGGCGAAUACGAUACAAAUUAUAUGGACAAAGGGGUCUUUUUCGCCAAUCAGACGAUCCAGAACGCAUGUGCUACACAAGCAGUGCUCAAUUCUUUGCUCAAUAAAAGAGAUGAGAUUGAGAUCGGAGAUGAGUUGGAGAACUUGCGGUCGUUUGUCGCUGGCUUUGACUCGGAAAUGGCCGGUGAGACUUUGCUGAACUCAGAUAUGAUCAGGUCGGUGCACAACUCCUUUUCGGCGCCUAAAUUCAUCGACAGCGAUCAAUUGCCACCUCCUGACCUUGAUGACAAAGAUGACGGUCUUUUUCACUUCAUCACGUACCUUAAUAUCAACAAUACCGUGUAUGAGCUUGACGGGUUGAAGCAGUACCCUAUCAAGCACGAAAAAUUGAAUGGGCCGGAAGAGUUUUACGAGGUUCUUCCGCAAGUCUUGCAGCGCAGAAUAGACAAGUAUCACGGUGAGAUCCGUUUUUCUUUGAUGGCGAUCACCAACAACAAAUUGGAGCAGUACAAGCAAAUGGGUGACGAAAUCAGUGCCCAGCAGGAGGUUGCCAAGAGGGAGACGUGGAAGCAGGAGAACAUUUUCAGAAGACACGACUUCCCCAAGCUCACGGUUGCGCUUUUGAAAAACAUCCUGAAGAGUAUGAGCGAUGAAGAGUGGGAGGAAUUGUUGAACCUGGCUCGUCAGAAAUCUUUGGCUCGCCAAGCACAGCUCUACAAAAAUUAA